UGAAGGCUGUUCCCAGCCCAUGUGGCGUUAGUGUCAAGAUAUAAUGCUCUACACAAGCUAAUUUGGGAAGUGAAAAGCAGGCAAUCAGUGUUUCAUCAUAUUUCUGAGUCGUUCCGAAACUAAAAUUUGGAUAAUGUGACCUCGUCACAUUGAUUGUGUGUGUUAUUAGAGGAGUUAUUUAUUUCUCACAUGGGUACUCAGGUGAUCCACAAACACUAACAUGACUGUGACUGUUCAGCAAAGUUCCCCUUUUUACCUUCAUACACCAACGUCCUCAGUGCUGUGAUUUUCAACAGGCUCAUAAUUUCCUGGAGAGGAUGAAGUCAGUCAUAGAACAAGUUAUUUCUCCUGUCAGGAACAAAGCAGCAUCUCAGAGACAGGCCCUAAAAUCUCUCCUGUUUUACAUCUGGGAUGUUUAUUCUACACCGUCUCCUUCAGGCAGGGACAUCCUGGCUCUACUGUCUCUUUGUUUCACAUUUGUCGUCAUCAGUGGCGGCUUGCUGCAUCACUGGCUAUCAAAAACACUAAAAUAUGGCCAUGAAGCAUCAGUUCAGACCACCUGCUUCUACAGUGUGGCCAUGUUCUUAGUCUCCUGCCUUUGCCACCCCCUGCGCUGCGUGCUAACAAUGAUCCUGCCCACUGUCUGCACCAAACAGGGACGCAAGCUCCUCGUCUCAGCCUCUGUCAUGAUUUUAGUUUUGAACGUCAUCCCUAACAUCACAGCCAACGUAGGGGCAGUCGCACACAUCCUGAAGUGCACCGCUGAGGGUUUUACAAAGACUCUGUUAAACUCAUCCCAACCCUUCAAUGAUGCUAAGCAAGACGUCGUUGAGGAGGCCAUCAAAGUGAAGAGGGAGGAGCUGAGCAUCGUCACCAACUUGAGGACUUUAGAUCAUUUCACACAUGUUGAUGUAUCAGGAGUGAAAAGCAGGUUUACUCAGUUGAUUGGUGAGAUGGAAGUGAAGUUCUCAGAUGCCAGGAACCUGCUCAAAGAAUGCAAACUCCUAUCAAACCGGAUUCUUGCUGCCAUUUUUGUUGUAUUGCUAAUAGUUGAAUCUGCACGCUACUUGAAAUCCUAUCUGACAUCAGUUCAGUUUGAAAAUGGCUCCAUCUCUGAAACAGUCUUGCAGAAAACAUCACAUGUUGCAAAAAACAAGCAGAUAAAAGAUAAAAUCAAUCUCUCAAAGUACAAACUAACAAGUCAGGAAUGCACCUCUUCUUUUAUAUCACUGGUUGUGGUAACAUUAUACUUCACUGCAAUAACUUUAAUAGUAAUUUUGGAUCAUGUUGUGUAUCAUAUAGUUCAGAUGAUUGUGCCUUGGGUACAGGAUUUUCCACCCACAACUGCCACCAUAAGUGUGAAUUAUAAGGUUCAGUGGUUCCCCCCUGCUCUUUGUCUAAUCCCACAAGCGUGCUUUAAGCGAGAGCUGACAAACUUUCACAGGGAUUACAGCUGGAGCUUCAACCCCGAGCCGUCACUCUGUGACGUGACUACGUCAGCUCCAAACCUGGGAGUCACAGUCCUGCUGGGAUGCCUCUGGCUGAUGAGCUACUGCCUGGUGUUCCUCGAGGUUUACGCCAGACGACUUCGCAGAAAGAUUUGUGCAUCUUUUUUCAGAGAGCAGGAGAAGAGGAGAGUGGAGUACCUGAUGAAGAAAAGACAAGAAAAGCAGAAUAAAACGGAACUUGAGGCUUUUUCUGUUAAUGUUUCUGGUUUUAAAUAAAAUGUCACUACUUUGACAAAUAUGUAGGAAAUUUUGUUAAUUUAUUUCAGUUUUGCUGAAUAACUGAAUUGUAUUUUUUUUAUUUGGUGCCAUAUUUCAGGCAGAAUGUAAUAAAAACUGGAUAGAUGUCUU